ACAGACCAAACUCGGGUCAUAGACUGUACGGUUAAUCGCCUUCAUUGGUCAGCCUUCCAGCGACGUCAUAAGUUUGUCAUGAGUCGGAGGAAGCGGGAACCCCAUCAUCCUCUGACUGGAUUUGUCUCCACGCUGCUUUUGCCUGCUGGUUGAAAAAAUCCAAACCUUCACACAUGGCUGGUCAAAAAGAAAUAUGGCAAAAGAUUGGAGAGGACUUUGUCCAAGAAUAUUACAACCAGUUUGACAAUACCAACAGGAUGGGACUUGGUAACCUAUAUUCUGAUGCAGCCUGUUUGACAUGGGAAGGGUCACAUUAUCAAGGGAGAGAAGCCAUUACUGGCAAAUUAGCAAGUUUGCCUUUCAAGUGUAUUAAGCACAUCAUCACGGAACAAGACUUCCAACCCACAGUGGAUAGCUGUAUCCUCAUCAUGGUUUUUGGACAGUUACAGGUAGAUGAUGAUCCACCAAUGGCUUUUCAUCAAGUGUUCAUGCUGAAGUCCCAAAACUGCGCAUGGGCUUGCACAAAUGAUGUCUUCCGGUUGGGGAUACACAACAUACCAGUGUAGUGAUCUGGAUUUGUUGACUCAUGGACAUUGCUAUCCAGCGCUGAUUUCAUACAAUGGUCAUGCUGUCACUGAAAACACAUGGAAUUAUAUACAGUGUUUACAUUGCAUUUAUAAGCAUGCUACUUGUAUUGAAGAUGUCAAUUCAGUCCUACAUUUCUGACCAAUAAAAGUCUGAAUUACUGUAA